GUCAUCCUGAUUUCAUCAAAAUUGUGCUGUUGUUUGUGGAGUUAUCAUCGUUUUGAAUCCAAAGCCUACAAUGACAAUAUCUAAUCAAUAUUUCGUAAAACGCAUAACGCAAAAGGCAUUUUAUUGCGUAAUUUACUUCUUUGUCGUCAGCGUAUGUCCAGCACACACUCAAGUAGCUGAAGAUGCGAUUGCUGGAGCAAUAGAAGCAGUUAUGGAAGCCACACCUGCCAGUGAGCUGAAGAGACUGCGAGAAAAUCUGCUGUUACACUAUGACAAAAUUCAGCGACCUACCGAAGACGGGCCCACCAGUGUGCUCAUCUACUUCGAUGUGAGGCAUGUGAUGUCUCUUGAUGAAAAAUUCCAAACUCUGACAGUAGAAGGCGUAUUGAUGAUGAAAUGGAAGGACGAGAGACUGAAGUGGGAUCCUUCGAAUUACAACAAUAUAAAAAUGCUUCGAAUGAAGAUCCAGGAUAUUUGGGUCCCUGAUAUUUAUUCUUUGUUUAGUGUCAAGAAGAACGAUUUAUACAAGGAUGAAAACGUAUUACCUGUCCAAGUGUACAGCAACGGUACGUUGAAGUGGUACCCUCCAACCGUGUUUGAUGUGCCAUGCAGCGCCAAGUACAAACAUUAUCCAUUUGAUAGCCACAACUGCUCGAUUGUCUUCGGAGCGUGGACUCACAAUGGAUUCGAGAUUAGUUUAGAAACGCUUGACAUCCCCAUAUCCAGCAAGAGUAAUGCCAUUGGCACCGAGUGGUUGCUGACCAAUUUAACUCACGAGAACGAAAUUUUCGAUGUUGACGGAUACCACAUCCACAAAUUCGUCCGAGUAGGUUUUUACCUCCAAAGAACUUCAACGAUAUAUAGAUACGUAUGCGUCGUACCCACAAUAAUUGUCUUCGUCACUUCAUUGGCAGGUUUCUGGCUUUUGCCAAGUGAUGGGGCGCGGUACUUGAUCGGAUGUUCCAACGUCGUUCUGAUGUCUCUCCUACUGCAGUACCUGGCCAUGACAGUGCAUGCAGGAAGCGAAAUUCCUCUCAUAGCUCAGUACAGCGCAACGUGCCUAUGCAUGUCUGGAGUCUUUCUAGUGAUCACCACCAUCACGGAAAUCAUCAGAAACUGUUCGGGAUCGCCUCCUAACUAUCUAGUGAGGCUGGCUUGCCAGCACAUGGAUCAGUACUUGUGCCUUUUUAGCUUCUCUGACUCGCCAGUAAGCAGGUACCGAGCUCUGGGAGAAGUAUCUUCAUCGUCCGAAGUUUUUCCGGAAGAAGAAAACCGGAAGAAAAAUUGGAUGGUCGUGUCCUUAGUAGUGGACAGGAUAGCUUUCUGGAUAUUCACCUUCGUGUACAUAGUUCUUCUUGCUGUUUUGGCAUCUCUGUGAGAAGACACAGACAGAGUCGCGAACAUAAGAAAUGUAAAUUUUAGUGUAAUUAGCGAAUUAAAGCAAUUUGUCUUGUGUCUUAAUAGUUUGUGGCUCAAAG